AUGUUGUUUUCGACUUCAUCUUCUUCACUUAAUUCCGAAGUUUCCCAAGUACUCUCGGAAAACAUACCAAGUAGAUCUAGUACACUAACUAGAAAUUCUACGCAAAGCCAAAUUAACGAAGACGUGCGUAGUAAAAACUUUACCGAUCAAUUACCAAAAAAAUUAAUUCAGUUGAAGAAACUAAAAAAUGGCGGUACCACAAUCAAGAGAGCAAAAGAGGACCUUGAAUACUGUUACGAUUCACUAAGGCUGUACGAAAACCCUUAUGUAACAACAUCUAUAGAUAAGAAAUGUGGUUACAGCAUUGACAUGUGUCUGGAAAAUAAGUAUAAAACUUUGAUGUUCUCGGAUUUGCAGUUAAACACCGACUAUCCUUUGUAUUACGAUUCUUCAUUGAAUCAUUUAUCAACAAAUAAUGAGAGAGAAAAUGUGACACCUCUUCAAAUAAAGGGAAAAAUUAGAAUAAAUAUUGACAGAGAUGACCAGGUACUUCUAAUUACAUCACAAACAAUUUCUUUAAAGUGUUUUACCAAGGAAUAUGCAUGUUUUAUUGAUUCAGGGGCAGGAGAAAACUCUAAAAUUAACAAAAUAAUCAAAGAACUUAAUCACACAGAGUUUUUUGAAUCUUCUACCUACCCAAAGCAGCAGUUAAAAGUCACUCAUCAUUCAUUAUGUGACAAGAAAAUUCUGCUGACAAAAGGAACGUAUGAUUACCCAUUUACUUUUACCCUUCAAUCAAACACUUUCCCCGCUACUUUCUCUUCCUUCUUUGGAAAGACACAUUUCCGAAUAGAAAGCUCAACUUCAAUAAUGAGGAUACCAAGUAGACCCAAAAACUUUCUCAAGUUUUUGAAGAAUGAAAGUAUCACUGAUAAAAUCAUUCUAACAGAAGAGAUUAGAGUUAAGAGAGUACUUCCCUCAACAUGUAUGCUCAAAUUCGAAAUGUUUCAAUUAAGAUCAUACAACACAGCAAGUGAUGUAGUAGUUUCUGUCAUUGGAAAUUCCAAACUAAUUGAAAUCGGCACGCCUUUCCAAAUGAUCUUGUCAAUUUCGAAGACAGAUUCGACGAUUGAAUUACAAGAAGCCUCAUUAUCAGUUGCACAAAGAAUGGCAAUACCGAGCAUUGAUUCGAAGACCAAGAAAAUAUUACAGGAACCGUACAUCAAAAAAUCUGAGUAUUUAUUAAGGACCGUCGAGAGCCAAAGUUUUGAUUCGGACAAAACUAUAUUCGGGUUUUGCUUUGAUGAUGUCGUUAUUCCAAACUAUGUUGAUGGUUUGCCAAGCUGGUUUAAGACAUUCUAUUGUGAGCCAAGCUCAUUUUAUCCUAAUUAUGCUGCUCUUAAAGUGACUCAUUUACUUUUGUUCAAAAUAAAUUAUAGCAGGAACGAGAUGGUAGAAGGAAUUGAAGUGAGAAAAAAUUAUCGUAUUACAGUUAAUUUUCCUAUUUUGGUCGGCGAUAGUGAUAUUUCAACUAGCUCUUUGCUACCUAAGUAUGAGAUGUUCGAAAAUAUUAGUGAUUUACAAGAUGAACCUCCGCUCUAUUCGGUGGUAACAGGGGGAAGUGGCUGCUGA